GGACCGGAUCAAAUGUCUAUGUAUAGAUAUAUAACUCCUUGCUUGUCAAGAAGCGAUAGCUGUAAAUCCACAGUCCCCAUCUCUGUCAAACAAACGAACCGACAUUCUGCAGAUAGCAAGACUUCUUAAUCAUUAAAAGUCUUACACAAGAAGAACCCAGAGAUUGUCUUCUGUUUGGACAUAAUUAGAGCUAAAGAUACCAUGCUUGGCAAUGGAGUUGUGGGAAUUUUAUCUGAAUCUGUAAACAAGUGGGAACGAAGAGUGCCUCUAACCCCAUCACACUGUGCUCGACUUCUACAUGGUGGAAAGGGUCAAACUGGAGUAGGCCGCAUCAUUGUGCAGCCAUCCUUAAAGCGCAUCCAUCAUGAUACACUCUAUGAGGAUGUUGGUUGUGAGAUAUCAAAUGACUUGUCAGAAUGUGGUCUCAUCUUGGGUAUCAAACAACCAAAGCUGGAGAUGAUUCUUCCUGAUAGAGCCUAUGCCUUCUUCUCCCAUACUCACAAGGCACAGAAAGAAAACAUGCCUUUAUUAGAUAAGAUCCUAGCUGAAAGAGCAUCUUUGUUCGAUUAUGAGCUUAUAGUUGGGGACCAUGGAAAAAGGUUGCUUGCAUUUGGUAAAUUUGCUGGUAGAGCUGGAAUGAUUGACUUCUUUCGUGGAUUAGGACAGCGCUAUCUUAGCCUUGGAUAUUCAACGCCUUUUCUGUCACUGGGUGCCUCGUACAUGUAUUCUUCCUUGGCCGCUGCCAAGGCUGCAGUGAUUUCUGUGGGUGAAGAGAUAUCAAGUCUGGGGCUGCCAUCAGAAAUCUGUCCCCUGGUUUUUGUAUUCACCGGUUCAGGAAAUGCUUCUCUUGGUGCACAAGAGAUAUUCAAGCUCCUUCCUCACACUUUUGUGGAUCCAAGCAAGCUUCCAGAACUAUUUGGGACGGCCAGGGAUCUUUCUCAGUCUACACGAGCAUCAAAGAGAGUUUUCCAAGUAUAUGGUUGUGUUGUGACUUGUCAAGACAUGGUUGCACACAAAGAUCCGACAAAAGUUUUCGAUAAGGCUGACUACUAUGCACAUCCAGAGCACUACAACCCCAUUUUUCAUGAAAAAAUAGCCCCCUACGCAUCUGUUAUAGUAAACUGCAUGUACUGGGAACAAAGAUUUCCUCGGUUGUUGAGUACCAACCAGCUGCAAGAUUUGAUGAGGAAAGGAUGCCCGCUUGUUGGAGUCUCUGAUAUAACUUGUGAUAUAGGAGGCUCAAUAGAGUUCGUUAAUUCAACUACAUUAAUUGACUCGCCUUUCUUCAGAUAUGAUCCAUUCAGUGAUUCAUACCAUCAUGACAUGGAGGAUAAAGGUGUUAUAUGUUUAGCUGUUGACAUUCUUCCAACUGAGUUUGCAAAAGAGGCUUCCCAACAUUUUGGAGAUAUUCUCUCCCAAUUUAUUGGCAGUUUGGUCUCUAUAAAAGACAUUGAAGAAUUACCUGCCCACUUGAGGAGAGCUUGUAUAGCCCAUGGAGGAGCGCUUACUUCUUUGUAUGAAUAUAUUCAUCGAAUGAGGAGCUCUGAUUCAGAAGAUUUAUCAGAAGAUCUUCUAGAUAGCCGCUCUAAUAAGAAGAAGUACAACAUAUUGGUGUCCUUGAGUGGUCAUUUGUUUGAUCAAUUUCUGAUAAAUGAGGCUUUGGAUAUUAUUGAAGCAGCAGGGGGCUCCUUUCACUCGGUUAAGUGUCAAGUGGGUCAAAGUUCAGAUGCUAUGUCUUAUUCAGAACUGGAAGUUGGGGCAGAUGAUAGCUCAGUUCUGGAUCAAAUUGUUGAUUCUUUAUCUUCUCUCGCUUAUCCAAGUGAAAAUAAUGGAUAUCUAAGCAAAAAGGGAAAUGUGAUAUCAAUGAAGGUUGGUAAAGUCCCUGAGAGUGAUACUACAAAAGGAUGUGAUGCAAAAAAGAAAAAUGUGGUUCUAAUUCUUGGUGCGGGUCGGGUCUGUAGACCAGCUGCUGAACUCUUGGCAUCAAUUGGAAGCAUUUCAUCUAGAAAAGGGUUGAAAACAUGCAUGGGAGAUGAAUUUGAAGAGCAGAAUGAUGUUCACGUCAUUGUUGCAUCUCUUUAUAUAGAGGAUGCAGAAGAGAUAAUUGAAGGCAUUGCAAAUGCAACAGCAGUUCAGCUUGAUAUAACAGAUCAUAAAAGUCUCUACAAGUAUAUUUCAGAGGUUGAGGUUGUUAUCAGUUUACUGCCUCCUCCUUGCCACAGUAGCAUAGCAAAUGCUUGUAUUGAGCUAAAAAAACAUCUAAUAACUGCUAGCUAUGUUGAUGAAUCCAUGUCAAAGCUAGAUGAAGCAGCCAAAAAUGCUGGUAUUACGAUUCUUGGAGAGAUGGGCCUGGACCCUGGAAUAGAUCAUAUGAUGGCAAUGAAGAUGAUCAACCAAGCUCAUGGCCGUGGUGGGAAAAUCAAGUCUUUCAUUUCUCACUGUGGAGGUCUCCCAUCCCCAGCAGCUGCAAAUAACCCUUUGGCUUAUAAGUUCAGUUGGAGUCCAGCGGGAGCUAUUCGAGCAGGGCGCAAUCCGGCCACCUACUUGUCUCACGGAAAUACUGUAUCUGUUGAUGGAGACAGUCUCUAUGAUUCAGGCGCGAAAUUCCGGAUACCCAACCUUCCAGCUUUUGCGCUGGAAUAUAUUCCAAAUCGUAAUUCUUUAGUUUACGGGGACCUCUAUGGAAUAGGAAAUGAAGCAUCGACCAUCUUUCGUGGAACCCUACGUUAUGAAGGGUUUGGUAAAAUAAUGGGGACGCUGGCAAGAAUUGGUUUCUUUAGUACAGAACCUCAUCCGGUACUUGAAAAUGUAAAAAGACCAACUUAUGGAACAUUCUUGCUUGAACUUCUCAAAAUUCAAAGUGAGAAGUUGGCUGGAUCCAUGAUGGAAGAGAAGGACAUCACAGACAGGAUUGUUUCACUGGGACUUUGCAAAGAGCAAGAAACCGCAAUGAAGACAGCCAAAACUAUUGUAUUUUUGGGAUUUCAUGAGCUGACAGAAAUCCCUUUAUCCUGCAAAAGUGCAUUUGAUGUUGCCUGCCUACGAAUGGAGGAAAGGUUAGCUUACUCCAGCACAGAACAGGAUAUGGUGCUUAUGUACCAUGAAGUAGAGGUUGAUUUCCCGGAUGGCCGACCUACAGAAAAUCAUCAAGCCACUCUUCUGGAAUUUGGGAGUACGAAGAAUGGAAAAACCACCACAGCCAUGGCUUUUACUGUAGGGAUUCCAGUUGCUAUUGGAGCUCUGCUUGUGCUUGCAAACAAGAUCACUACAAAGGGCGUCUUGAGGCCCAUUUAUCCUGAAGUUUAUCUGCCAGCACUAGAUAUUUUACAAGCUUGUGGUAUCAAGUUGGUGGAGAAGAUCGAGUGACUUGAAUUAUUCAGUAUAUCCCUAAUUCUUUCUGUAAAUGCUGGUUUCAGACCCCUGCCAUAUUCUAAAACCAUAAUCAGAUCAUAAUAAUACUUUUGUGGUUUAUUGCA